UUCUAAGAUUGACAGUUUAGGUAACAAUAUUUCCCAGUUCGAUAACACGUACGCUGAUAUAAAGUCAGUAUCUUGUGAGAUCUGAAACAAAAACCAUGACCGUAAUAAACAAUUUUUACGAAGACGAUACUCCAGCUAAUGAUAUUAAGAAGUCAGUCCGAAAUGUUUGCACCGUGAAAAGAGCAAAAAAAUUGCUACCUAUAACACAAUGGCUUCCCUCCUACACUACUGGAACUCUCGUUCAGGAUAUAAUCGCUGGAAUCACUGUUGGUUUGACAGCAAUACCUCAAGGCAUAGCAUAUGCUGUCGUCGCUGGAUUGUCUCCUGAAUACGGUCUAUAUGCUGGAUUGAUGGGAGGCUUUGUGUAUUUAUUCUUUGGAAGCUGUAAAGAUGUUACCGUUGGACCUACUGCGAUCAUGGCUGCUAUGGUAGCAAAAUAUGUUUCGGGAUACUCUGCUGAUUUUGCUGUUCUAGCGGCAUUUUUAUCUGGAAUAGUGGAACUAACAAUGGGUGUAUUGAAUCUAGGAUUUUUAGUAGAAUUUAUUUCAAUGCCGGUUAUUAGUGGAUUCACAACAGCGGCAGCGUUACAAAUAGCAUCGUCUCAGUUGAAGUCCCUUUUCGGCCUAACUGGCCCUUCUGGAAACUUCUUUGCACAAUCAGCUUACAAUUUUGUGAAAAAUAUAAAAACUGCCACGCUUUGGGACCCAGUGCUCGGUUUUUCAACGAUUAUAAUUCUAGUGAUUUUGAAACGUCUUGGUCAGGGCUGCUCACGUUCUGGUGGAGCUAUAGAAAGAUUGAGAUGGUUUGUGUCGUUGGGAAGAAACGCUGUAGUAGUCAUCCUUGGUAUAAUUGUAGCGUUCGUAAUUAAAAUUUCAAGUAAUGAAGAACCGUUAGUGCUUAUUGGAAAUAUUGGUCGUGGGCUGCCUAAACCAAGUUUACCACCGUUUAGCACAGUUGUUGGUAACGAAACUUAUAGUUUUGCUGACAUGGCUCAAGUACUUGGACCACAGGCGAUUGUGCUUCCAUUAGUUGCAAUUUUAGAAUCUGUAGCAAUAGCUAAAGCAUUUUCUGGUGGACUUCAAGUAGACGCCACUCAAGAAAUGAUUGCCCUUGGUCUGUGCAACAUUUUUGGUUCAUUUAUGAGAAGCAUGCCUAUAACUGGAUCUUUCACAAGAACUGCUUUGAAUCACGCAUCAGGCGUACAAACUCCUGCAGGAGGAAUUUUCACAGGAUUACUUAUUAUAUUAGCCUUAACCACUUUAACGUCAACUUUCUAUUAUAUUCCUAAAGCAUCAUUGGCUGGACUUAUUAUUACAGCUAUGUUUUCCAUGAUUGACUACUCAAUAUUACGAAGAUUGUGGGUGAAUAGCAAACGUGAACUCUUUGUGUUGAUAACGACUAUUAUCGUAUGCUUAUCAUUAGGUCUCGAGUAUGGAAUUGUAACUGGUAUAUUAAUUGAUGCUGCAAUUCUUUUGUACAGUACAGCGCGGCCGUCAGUUGAUGUAAACGUUUUGAAGGCAGAAAAGGCUGAUUUGAUUGUUGUGCCUUUAAAUGAUAGCAUAUCGUAUUGUGCUGCUGAGCACAUUAGAAGAACAGUGCUUCGUGCUUCCAAUGAAAUAUUGUCCGAUUCUAUCAUAAUCAUUGACGGUACGAAUCUGAAAAACAUGGAUUCAACUGUCGCUGCCAAUCUUAUGUCUGUAGUCAGCGAUUUGGAAAAGAAAUCGUGCCAAGUAUUGUUCCUGAAUUUCAACGUAUCUUUGAAGAAAAUGUGUAUUGAUAUAAAACCACAAUUUAGUGACAAGUUUAUUUCCGCUGCACUGGUAACAGAUGUCGUUGAUAUUUACGUUAAAAAUGUAUAAUUUGGAACUGAAUGUGCAACUUUUAAUAAGAAUUAAGAACUUGCAUCAUGUUCAAUAGAGUACUUCUAUGAAAUGAAUCUAAAAGAUCUUAAAAUGUUAAAGAAA